GGGAUCGUCGUCCUCACUCGCCAUGGUGAUCGCCAAGGUUUCUACCAGAACCCCAAGACGUACUCUGCAAUCCAAACCAACUUGACCGUCGCUGGCUACGUGCAAGAAUACAACAAUGGCGUCGAUCUCCGCAAUCUCUACCUCGUCAAUGCCACCGACAGUAUCCAAGGCAUCAAUGCGACGCAGUCCGAGACUACGCAGCUCAACGUCAUGGCCGACGCGGGCGGUGAGGGAGGCGUAAUCAUCGAAAGCGCCAAUGCCCUCCUGCAGGGCCUCUAUCCACCCUACAACGACACCAUCACUCUCGCCGACGGCUCGACCGUAUCUUGGGAUCGCGCUCAGCUGAUUCCCAUCGAGACGAUCGAGCCUGACCAAGAUGUGUGGAUGGAGGGAUGGACCGACUGCGACGCCUGGAGCGACUACCUGCAGGACUGGUACGACAGCGCCGACUUCAAGGCCAAGGCGGCGAUUGCAAACCCCUUCUAUCAAAGCAUCUCCAAUAUCCUGGGCAACCGUCCUUUGAAACUCGAGAACGCCUGGAACAUCUUCGACUACCUCAACGUCCAGAGCAUCCACAACGCCACUCUUGCCCCACAGAUCCUUCCCCAUCUGGCUCAGGCGCGAUACUGGGCUGACUACCACGAGGCUGGCGCUUUCGGCAAUGGCGCAGAUCCGUCUGACAUCGCCAACAUCGCGGGGCAAUCCAUCCUGCCCCCUCUGUUGGGCGGUUUCGAUGACAUCCGCAACACGACCACGGGCCUCAAGAUCCAAUACCUCGCCGCAUCAUAUAAGCCCUUCCUUGGCCUCUUCAACAUGAUGAAGCUUCCCAGCCCCCUCUCCACCAGCGUGGUAGACUACGCCUCGACCCUCAUUUUCGAAAUCCGAGACGACGCUACGGUCACGAUGCGUUUCCGCAAUGGGAGCUCGGGCGCGUUCGAGGCCUACCCUCUCUUUGGCUCCUCGUCCACCUCGAUGCCAAUCGCCGAUUUCGAGAGCAAGAUGCAGCCCUACUCGCUCGACUCGCUCAGCAAGUGGUGCAACAAGUGCUCCAAUAGUGAGACGCGCGGAUGCGCCACGCUUGCGCAACUCAACGGGACGGGUGGGGGCGAACGAUCAUACGCGCCAGACACCUCGACGAUGGGACGACACCACGUCUCGCCCGUCGUCGCUGGCGUCAUUGGGUCGAUGGUCACCCUGGCCAUAGCCGCUGUGCUGCUC